CGUCAUCCAACUGCGCCACCCGGAAGCCGUGGUUCAUAUUAACAGUUAUUGCAGGUGGCCUUAAGGCAACAUCAUGGCGACACCCCCCAAACGGCGGGCCUUGGAUACUGUCGGAGAGAAAGUGCUGCGGUACGAGGCCUUUAUCAGUGACGUACUGCAGCGAGACUUGCAAAAGGUGCUGAAUCAUCGAGACAAGGUAUAUGAGCAGCUGUCUGUAUACCUUCAACUGAGAAAUGUCAUUGAGCGACUCCAGGAAACUAAUCAUUCGGAGUUAUAUAUGCAGGUGGAUUUGGGCUGUAACUUCUUCGUUGACACAGUGGUCCCAGAUACUUCACGCAUCUAUGUGGCCCUGGGAUAUGGUUUUUUCCUGGAGUUGACACUGGCUGAAGCUCUCAAGUUCAUUGACCGAAAGAGUUCUCUCCUUACAGAGCUCAGCGACAGCCUCACCAAGGACUCCAUGAAUAUCAAGGCCCAUAUCCACAUGAUGCUAGAGGGACUUAGAGAACUACAAGGCCUGCAGAAUUUCCCAGAGCCAUCUCCCCAUUGACUGCUUCCUCCCAUCUAAUAUUAAAGAGCCGAAUGCCUUGGAAUUACAUAGCCAUUCUUUUUCCCCCUCUCACUGACUAAGUGCCCUGGAGACCCAUCCACUCUGUAGAACCUCUAAAACACUCUAGAGGUCUUGCCUCUGAUUUGUAUUUUCCACGUGACUUUAUGCUUUACCCUUUUUGUCACCUUGUGAACUUCGACCCACCUCGUCACAAUUUAAUUCCUUUUCCUAGAUAUUUGUAUCUGUGCUCUUUGUAUUACCAUAAAGAAUGG